GGCUGCGCAUGCGCUCGCCCUGUGGCGCUUUAAGGACAACGUUGAGCUAGUGCUGUGCGAGGGGGUCUCGCGGGCGUUGUUCGGAUCAGGUUGACGAGACGCGAGUCUGUCGGUUGAGGGCAGCGCCAGUUUGUUGGCUGUGGAAGAUGUUUUCCUGUUCAUGAGUGGGCUUUGGUGCCCCUCCGACCUGUUCCCUUCUUGUGGCGUAGAGAGAGUGACAAGAGUGACAGAAAUGGAGACUGAAACUGUAAGAAGUAAAGCCAUGGAAAAAGAAACCACUGAAGAAAGAAAGGAACGAGAAAAAAAGAAACGGUCUAGAGUUAAACAAGUACUUUCAGAUAUAGCAAAGCAAGUGGACUUCUGGUUUGGUGAUGUCAAUCUUCACAAGGACAGAUUUCUCCGAGAACAUAUAGAAAAAUCUAGAGAUGGAUAUGUUGACAUAUCGCUUCUGGGUUCUUUUAACAAAAUGAAAAAAUUAACCACUGACAGAAAAUUGAUAGCACGAGCAGUUAAAAGUUCCCCUGUUGUGGAGCUGGAUUUAGAAGGAACUAGGAUCAGAAGACGGCAACCACUGGGUGAGCAACCUAAAGAUGUAGAUGGUCGUACAGUAUAUGUGGAAUUGCUUCCUAAAAAUGUCAAUCACAGUUGGAUUGAACGGGUGUUCGGGAAAUGUGGCAAUGUUGUUUAUAUCAGCAUCCCUCGCUAUAAGACUACCAGAGACCCAAAGGGAUUUGCAUUUGUUGAAUUUGAAACAAAAGAACAAGCAGAAAAGGCCAUUGAGUACUUGAAUAAUCCUCCAGAAGAUGCACCAAGAAAACCUGGAAUGUUCCCCAAAACUGUUAAAAACAAGGUUCUUCCUGCAUUACCAACAAGUGAUUCUAGUGUAGUUGAAGAAAAGAAGAAGAAGAAGAAGAAGAAAUCUAAAACAAAGAAGGAAAACAGCCAACAACCAUCUACAGAAACAAAAGACUUAAAUGUGGCUAUUACCAUAGAACACACAAGCAGGUCAAGGAGACAUAGGACAACAUCAGAGAACUCUGAGAUGGAAACAUCAGAAGUCCAACGGCAGUCUUCAAAAAAAGAGAAAAAGAAGCUUGAUAAAAUUGAAAGCUCAGGCUUAGGAGAAAGUAGACCAGGAAAGAGAAAGCGAAGCCGCUCUGUGGAUGGAGAGGCAUUGAUUACAAAGGUGAAGAAAACUUUUCAGAAAGAUAAUGUUCAUUCUACAAAAGAGGAAUCUACAGGAGGGCCAGAAGAUUCCAAAGAAAUUUCAACUGAAGAAGAGAGAGAGAUUGGUGAUAAGAAAGAUACCUCUCUCUCAAAAUCCAAAAGGAAACAUAAGAAGAAACAUAAGGAGAGACACAAGAUGGGAGAAGAGGUCAUUCCACUGAGAGUCCUUUCAAAAAAUGAAUGGAUGCUGCUGAAGCAAGAGUACUUGACACUGCAGAAAGCCAGCAUGUCCUCUUUGAAAAAAGCAAUGGCCCAGAUAAAAACUAUGACUGUUGGAGAAAUGGAAACAGAUGUCUGUAUGCCGAAUGAACCUCCAACAAAAAAUGGCAAAUGUAAAGAGUAUUCUGCCCAGGAUGGUUCAGCUCCUGCUGAGAAGGCUCUCACAAUGGGGCCCCGGUUUGAGGGAGGAGUAAUAGUGAAGAUCAUUAGUGCUGAGCCUUUGCCAGGCAGGAAGCACAUCAAGGAUACAUUAGCAAUACUAGCUAAUGUUGCUUAUGUUGACCUUCUUGAAGGAGACACAGAGUGUCAUGUGCGGCUUCAAACUCCUGAAGAUGCACAAAUGUUAUUAAAAUCACAUAAAGAACUACAGGCUAAACACAAUUGGAAACUUGAGAUCCUUUCAGGUGAUCAUGAACAACGAUAUUGGCAAAAAAUUUUGGUGGACCGACAAGCUAAACUCAAUCAACCAAGAGAAAAAAAGCGGGGUACAGAAAAGCUAAUUGCAAAAGCUGAGAAAAUGAGACUAGCAAAGACACAAGAGAUGAGCAAGCAUGUCCGUUUCUCUGAAGAUGAGUAAAUAUGUCUAAUUUAACUGUGUGAAAUGCCAUUUAGAAGAGAAAUUAAACUCUUCUUAAGAAAUUAUCUCUUUUUGUAAUAUUAUGGAACGCAAAUAAGAGCAUUAUGAAUUCUUGUCAAUAAAGUAAAUUGAAUUGUUACUUGGGUCUGUUUUAGACAAGUGUAUUAAGCAAGCUCUUGGUAUGUAUUUGUCACCUUUUUUUGUAUAUUGCAUUUUGUAAACUUAAGGUAUAAGGAUGAACCAAAUAAAAGCCUAAAUCUUCACAA